CCGGCCCGGCCUGCGGGGGAUGCUGCCUCGGCGGUUGGGAGCCGGGGUCCUGCUGGCCGCCCCGUAGUUCCCCGAGCCCUUCUCCCCAGCGGCAGGAGAGGCGGGUGGGGGCCCGGGCUGCUGCCCGAGGUGCCGUCGGCGCUUGUGCCGGGCCGGGGCGGCGCGGGGGCUCGGUUUGUGGAGGGAAGAAGGGCCGACGGUUGUGCAGCAGCGGCGGGUGCGAUCUGCGGGGAGGCCCGAGCCUCCUGCCCCGGCCUGCGCUGCGGGUUUGGGGAGCUCUUUGGAGAUGGGCCGCUCCGAGGCCUGUGGCUGCCCGAGGACCAGCAGAUGCUUUCUUUACCUGUCCAAAGAAUGUGCUUCUGGCGAAGAGCACGUCCACCCAGAUAGAGGGCGUCUUUGCUGCGACGAGAGGAAGGUUGGUCCCAGAAGAGCAAGAAGCCCUUCUGCAGCAGUGGCUGGAAGAAGGAGCAGGGAAUUUGCCAGCCGAUGAGAGUGCUCCAGCAGUGGGGAAAGUAUCAGUUACACUCACUAGUGACUGGUUAGAAGGUUCAGAGCUAUUGAUGACUAGCCUCCGUGACCUGAAUUUGUCUCCAGAAGUCACCCAGUGUGCUGGUCAGCAGCUCACAGAGCUCCAUGCCUUGGCUUCUUCAGAACCACAAGAUGAUGCAGUGACUGAACUGGCAAAAUUACCAGCAGAGGAAACAGUGGCUGUAGCAGACAGUGCCCCUUGGGCAGCUGUGGCGCCACAGACGGAUCACCAGAUAGCUGGCUGUGGCACAAUUGAUGUGAAGGUGCAGAAUGAAGACCCAGCUGUGCUGGCCUGGAGUUUAGCACUUGAUGAAGAGACAGUGCCAACAGAGCCCCCAGCCUGGCUCAUUCCAGAUAGGGUGCAAUUUUGUCCUCUCCUGACAGAGGUACCCUACCAUGAUAUUUUAUGGAGAGACUGGGAGGAUCUUUCUGUCCAGCCCUCUGUGCUAGAACAGGUCUCAAAAAGCACUCCUCUCUUUGAAUUUCGAGUCAUGUCUUACAACAUCCUUGCCCAGGACCUGGUGGAGCAGGGUCUUGAUCUCUAUCUACACUGUCAUCCAGACAUCCUGAACUGGAACUACCGCCUUCCAAACCUUUUGCAAGAGAUCCAGCACUGGGAUCCUGAUGUUUUGUGUCUGCAGGAGGUGCAAGAGAACCAUUACCAGGAGCAGCUGGAACCAGCAUUCAAGGAGAUGGGAUUUGCAUGCUUCUAUAAACGAAGAACCGGGACAAAGACGGAUGGCUGUGCUGUGUGCUAUAAGCACAGCAGGUUUCAGCUGAUCAACCACAGCCCCAUAGAAUACUUCCAUCCUGGCCUGGAGGUCCUCAAUCGGGAUAAUGUGGGCUUGGUGCUGCUGCUGCAGCCUCUGCUCCCAGAGGGCCUGGAUCUGAAGACAGUCAGUCCUUUGUGUGUGGCCAACACUCAUGUGUUGUUCAAUCCCCGGCGGGGAGAUAUCAAACUGGCCCAGAUGGCCCUGCUUCUAGCAGAGAUCGACAAGAUUGCUAAAACUACUGAAGGCAGCUAUUAUCCUGUCAUCUUGUGUGGAGACCUGAAUUCUGUACCCGAUUCUCCACUCUACAAAUUCAUACGGAAUGGUGAACUUUCCUACCAUGGGAUGCCAGCCUGGAAGGUGUCUGGUCAGGAAGACUUUUCCCAACAGUUUUAUUCAAGGAAGCUGCAGUCCCCACUGUUGCCGAGCUCACUGGGUAUAACAGACAACUGCCAAUAUGUCACCCUGUGCCAGCCAAAGAAACUAGGCAGACGUAAAUACAGCCGGAACUUUCUGCUCCAGUUUCAUUUUUGUGAUGUUGCCUGUGAGCGACCACCACACCUGGUCCUCUUGGAAGGUGUGACAGAUGCUAAACCAGACCGCCCUGCACACUGGCCCAAGCCUGCUGUCAUGGUGAAAGAUCCUGAUCCCCAGCCAUUCGUCCCAAGGUCUUCAGGCAUUAUCCAGCAUGGCCUCAACCUGACCUCCGUCUACAGCCACUUCCUGCCACAGAGGGGACGCCCGGAGGUCACAACAAUGCCCAUGGGCCUUGGAGCCACUGUUGAUUAUAUCUUCUACUCAGCAGAGCCCGUGGAGGAUAGGAACAGAGGGGGUCGCAGGCUGUACCAGGAUGGAGCCCUGAAGCUGCUAGGCCGCCUUUCCCUUCUGUCUGAAGAUGUUCUGUUGAUGGCAAAUGGCUUACCAAAUCCUUUUUGUUCAUCUGAUCAUCUCUGCCUGCUCGCUAGCUUUGGCUUGGAGAUCUCCAGCCUCACAGAGAGUUAGUGUUGGUUCCCUUUCCCUAGAGAAAAGCUGUUCUGAAUACAGCAGAUGAGGCUCUGGAUUGCACCACCUGCUUGCAAGAAAACUCUUUUCCUUGCCAUGCCCUAAAAGUCCUUUUCUCCCCUCAUACCCUCACAAAAAGCAGGGAUGGGACAGUUGGAGUGCUUUUUGCGUUGAUAUUUUGUGGGUUUCUGCAAAGCUGAGCUGUGUUCCCAGUGGGCUUCCAGUUGUAUUCAAGCAUUGCCAUCUCUAAAAGGGAUCCUUGUUCCACUGCUUUGUUCAGCAGAUGUUUUAGUGUUGCAGGAACCAGCAUGACUCCCAUGUUUGUUUGUCCCUAUAUGAGAUCUUCAAGGAGCUGGAAAAGAGUGGACAACGCUGCCUACUUCUGACUAGUUAAUUGCCACCAAGGAGCGGUGGAUGUACACGCCAGUAUUCUUUCACACCAGAACAAUGGUUGGUUUAAUUUGUCGGUGAUAGGUUAUGUAUGAAGUAUAGUCCUUUUAGGACUAGUUGUGUUGCCUUUGAGAGUGUUGGCUCUGCUGUUUGGGAGCGGCUUUUACUUUGUAAUGUGUAAGGACUGCCUUGCUGCAGGAAUGUCUGUGUAGUAGAGCAGUUUCUACAAGAAGCUGCCUGCUGUAACUAGUGGACCAGGGAAUGGGAUUGUCGGGAGUAGAGCCAGGGGCUCUGCAGAGCCACCCGCAGGAGCUCUAGAACUGCAGCAAAAACUUAGAGGCCUUGGGGAAGGCACUCUUCCUUUUUAACAGUCUCAGAACAUUACAUAGUUUGGCACAUGUAGGAAAAAUACUUAUAAUCCUCCCAGUGAAUAUCAGGUGGAAAAAGUUGUCCUGUAAGGCAUGACAGCCCCAGGACUGUAUAGGUCUGGGAGGUCCCAAAAGCAAGAUGAAAAUGGAGGGCAUGUGAGAGGCAGCAGAGCCAUCAGAUGGAAGAACUGAUACUUGUCACUUGCCCAGUUCUUUCUCUGUGCCCUCCCUAUUGCAUUCAGCCUAGCAGGGGUCAGAUAGCCAACCUGUAGCAUCUUGCUGCGCCAGACUGAAGUUGGUGCUACUGCCUUCUUCUGGAGCCAGCCCUGUUUUUGUAGGUAGAACUUGUCCUGACUCCUGUCUCUGGGCAGGUGUUGGGACGGAGAGGACGGCUGUGUAGCAUGGAGCCAGCUUGUCAGUCCCAGUGUACCUUUGGUGUCCUAUCAGUGUACUUGUGUCAGCAGUGGCUUGGCCUGUACAAAAACAAUAGAACUAUGCCUGUUCCUAGGACAGAUUCCCCAGUUCAGCCUGACAUUUGGUGCUCGGUUUUUCCCUGAGAGAUGAAAGCAAUAUUGGUGGAAACAUUAUCAAUCUUCUGUUUACAAAUGAGGCAGGGAAAUCUGGUCCCACUUCAGGUUUUUGUGGGAAGGUACGAGGAGACUUGAAAUAUUGUUUUCUCUUCCUGGGUUAUAUUGGGGGACUUUCAUAUUUUAGAUGUUACUUUCUGUAUUGAAAAAUAAAUUUUUUCUAAUAUAAGACCCCACAAAGUAACUGCAGCACCUUGUGCUCUUGGCAGCUGAACACUCGGAGGACUUGCUCAAUGAGGCUUUGCUGGCUGGGACGUGAAAGAGGAGAGGACAAACGAGCUACAUGUGGUAGUAGUAAUGAGGGUUGAAGAGAGGGAAGAAGUGGGCCUAGCUGUUGUCUCCCAGCACAUCCCCAGAUCUCAGGGGUGGUUUAUUUGGCAUUGGGCUUGUCUUGCAAAAUGGUUUGCAUUCAGAAGCCCUUCCCCUCCUCCCAAAGAAAGUAAGUACUGCUGAUCUUUUACAGCUCACUUCUGUAAACUCUACAGAAACAAGAGGGGUGUGUGUGGGUUGUGUUCUGUGCCCAUAUGAUUGUGUCGGGACUGCAUGUUUCCUUCUUGCCCCUGCCAGAUGGUGUGGUAUUUGCCUGGUGAUGUGUGGAUGGCUUUUGCUACCCCAGCUGGGAUAACAUGCAGGAGUCUGUAUAAGUGAACGGCAAUCUGGGGGUGAAUAAGUCUGAAGCUUUGCUUGCCCUUAGUUUCACAGGUAAUGGUUCUGGGGUGACACUGGUGUUCGUACAUGGGGAGUGAUGCAGAGCUGUGUUUCUAUGGCUCUGUUUGGCUGACAGUUGCAAUAAUUUCUCCAAGUACUCUUAUUCUGAUUUUGUAAUUGGCUGUAUUUGUAAAGGCAGGGGAGGAAAGGGAAAUCACUGAACUGAGAGGUUUAAUUUCUGCCAGGCUUGAAAAGAGGUUGCCAAAAAGCAGCCUGGUUGCAAAUAACAUCCUCCAGCUGGUAACGUUGUAAUAGGAAACUCUGAAGACACUAAGGGUUUAAAAACAACCACCCAAAAGCAAAACAAAAACCACUGUGAUGCAGUGUUGGCACCUACAACUUGGGCAGUUUGCUUUGGUUGUAAUUGCUGGCUGGGUCUGGUGGGCAGUUGAUGGGGUGUGCAUGUUUCUGUGAACGCAGCCCUCCUGCUCUACCCGUUGCAUCAAGCUAAUGCUUCCUCUUUCAGUACAUGGAAUGGUAUGGAAUGAACUUGGAAUGGUUAGGUUGUUGAACACUGGAGGUGGAGUCGUGUGCUGAGAAACCACAGGACAAUACAAUGACUGCAAGUCCUCUGAUUCUGCCUUCUGAAGGUCGGAAAGCUCCCAGAGGGACCUGGAGCUCCCAAGAUCCUGGCUCACACUUGCCUCCUUGGGUGUUCAUAGGUGAAACUGUUGUGUUGCAAGUGUCUGCAUACAGACACACAGAGUUGAGUCAAUUGCUGUGGCUGUUUUGAUGAAUGUCCCUGAAGCUCUGGUAUAGACCACUACAGAGCUGACCUGUUUUAGGAAAGAAAAAAAACCCCUGUGUUCUAGAGCAAUUUGAAGUUCACACCAAAUGGAUCUGGAGACCUGUGAAUGCCUCUGGCUGUGGGCGACUAUAGGAGAAGUUUGGAGGUGGGACUGGGGCAAAGAGUCCCUACCGCUAAAACAGCAACUGCUAUAUAGCUGUAGCAAGAAAAGAAUGUGUUCUGUGAGGCUUAGAGAAUAGCUCACAGUGAUGUAAGAAGAGGCUGUGAUAAUGAACAGCUUGUGGUGGGAAGCAGAACUAAGAUUCCAGAUGUAGCUCUUAACACUGUUUUCCUGACCUAAAUGCAUGGCUAGUUGUCAUUAGCACAGCUUUCUGAUGAACUACAGAGGGGUCUGUAAAUGACUGUGAAAGUGGAACAGGAGUAUCUGUUGUAUUCAGAAAGGGAAGGUAUCAUGGAGGUAGGAUCAUCUACAUCAGUAGUGAUGUUGAGCUCAAGGAGACUGGUACUUAGGGGAAGGGAUGCCAGAGAGCACUGGCAGUGUGGAUACAUGCCCUGUGACCCGUGUCCUAAGCUGCGGGAGCAUGCAGCUGUUGAGGAAAACGCGUAUUUGACACAGUAUCUUUGCUAGACAACAGCUUACUUUGCAUCACAGCUGCUAGUUGGUAUUUAAUUAUGCUAUUUAGAUAGAAGUUGGACUUCCUUCACUUUCUCAGAGUUUUAAGUUCAUCCGUUCAGGAGAAUGCCCUUUAUAAUCAGUUUUCCCAAUUACAUGGGAUGGGAGGAGUGGUAAACAAUAUGAUUGUUUUAGGUUUUUUUUCUCAAUAAAUGAAACUUGGCUGCUGCUUGA